UUUUUUUUUCUUUCUUUCUUUAUUUACCAUUUAUCAAUGACUACUGACGCUACACACGUUGCCAACCACAUGUUGGAAUCCAUCCUUCGAGAUCUAUGUUUUUUAAAGGAAAAUAAAUUUAUACCAAAUCAAGCUUACAACGAUGUUGUUAGCAUAUUACCUAGUCGUAUUCAAGAACGGACAAUAACAUUACCAUCACUACCACCAACAACAGCACCAGCACCAACAACAACAACAACAACAACAACAAUGAUGAUAGAAUCUGUAAAGCCUCCUUUACCCACUCGUAAAAGCACACGUGAGUCACCUGUUCCUGCAAGCCGUGAUGUAAGUUCGUUUCCAAAGUUACCUACCAGACGUACAAAUGAUUGGCAACCACAGCCAGAACAAGAAAAAUACACUGCCUCUCCUCCUCCACCUGCUCCUCCCGCUUACACUCAAAAACCCGUGAUUCCAGAAACUAACAUAUUGACUUCUGCAGAAGCUUUAUAUGACUACCAUGGUGAAGAUCCUUCAACAGAUCUUUCAUUUAAACAAGGCAAUAUCAUUGAAGUUACAGAAUACGUGAAUGAUGAUUGGUGGAAGGGUUCAGUGAAUGGAAAAUCAGGUAUUUUUCCUCAGAAUCAUGUCAAAAAAAUUGCACCCAGCAUCAAACCAAAACGUCCUUGGGUACCACCCACCUCCGCUAAACCCUCCUUUUCAACAAGCACACCCACUACCACACCACCUUACAGUUACCCACCCCCUCCUACAGCUGCCAUCUAUCAACCUCCUCCUCCUCAGACCUACAAUACAUCAUCCUCCGCCUCCUCGGCAUCCUAUUAUCAACCGGCCUAUAAUCAACCAACCUAUAAUCAACCACCUGUAGCACAACCACCCGUCACCACUGCGGUUGCUACAGAAGAAGAAGGAGGAGAUAAAAAGGUUCAUAAUAUGGCUAAAAAGUUUGGUGGACAUGUAGCGACAGCUGCCACUUGGGGUUUUGGUGCUACACUUGGUAGUCAGGCAGCAAAUGCUAUUUUUUAAACAAUAAAAAAAUAAUUGUUGUACAACCAUGAUUUAUUUUGGAGCACCGACACAUGUAUUAGAAACGAAAAAUAAAAAAAAGAGAGAGAGAGAAAGGGACGUCUGGAAUAAAAUCCUAGCCAUGGGCUAUUGCAUAACUAUAGGAAUAAAUAUAUCCCUUAAUAAAUGCAUACAACCUUUUAACCGAAACUAAUUGAGUGACAGCAAUAUUUAUUUAUUUAUCUCAUCC